CGAAAAUCUACGGUAAGGUACGGUGUAAGACGGUGUUUGUUACUACUUCCUCCGUCAACAUCCGUCCCAAGUAAACGUGACUGUUAAUAAAUUUCAAGCAUAAUUUUUAGCAUAAAUAUCGAAAUGGCAGACCUGUCAGAUAUGAGGCACCCUUAUCAUGGGAUUGAUUUCAAGUUUGAUAUGUCAGAUCUGGCAAGUAGAGAUCCAAUAAAACAAUUUGAGGCAUGGUUUGAAGAUAUUCGUAAAAACAAAAAAGUUGAGGAACCAAAUGCCAUGGCUCUUGCUACAGCAACAAGGUCAGGAAUACCUUCAGUAAGGAUUGUGUUAUGUAAAAAUAUAUCUCCAGAGGGAUUCACAUUUUUCACAAAUUAUGAGAGUAAAAAGGGGAAAGAACUGGAAGAAAAUCCACAAUGCUCUUUAAUGUUUUACUGGGAACCUCUGAAAAGAUCUGUAAGAAUUGAAGGAAAAGUUGAGAAGAUAUCCACAGAUAAGUCUAAGGAGUAUUUCAACUCAAGACCAAAAGAAAGCCAGAUUGGUGCAAUAGUUAGUAAUCAAAGUACAGUAAUUCCAGACAGACAAACAUUAGAUAGGAAAUUGAAGGAUCUGAAGGAACAAUAUGGGGGAGACGAUGUUACUGUGCCUAAACCUGAUUACUGGGGAGGAUUCUUGGUGCGACCAUAUCAGUUUGAAUUCUGGCAGGGGCAGACAAACAGGCUUCAUGACCGAAUCCAGUUUCGUAAACUUUCCGACGGUGAAACUUUUAACGAGACUCUUAUGGUGAAAGGAGAAGGUGACUGGAUCAUAGAGAGAUUAUCGUCAUAGCGAUAAUUGUAGUGCUAUGAAAUACUAAACUUACAUGGGUGCAAGUUUUCAGGCAUA